UUAUGGAGUGAACGUCAAUUGGGAGGAGGUGGGCCGGGGGGAGGUAGUAAAUGCACUGACAGCUCAGAUGGUGGUUAGAGGUUCGUAGAUAAUGAGCGGGAAUUGAAUUUGACGUCCAAAAAUGGCGGAGGGAAAGGACCACAUACACAUUCUCUCUCUGGUCGUAUGUUAUUGAGAGGCGGUGGUGGCUGGGGGCUGACCUGGACUCUGUUUACUUACGUGCUUGUCCCGUUGCAGAAAGCCAAGGCUUGCUGAAGAUGACCAGGAAACCUCCGAGCCGGCGCGGAAUUACGUUCGAGGUGGGAGCUCGUCUUGAGGCCAGAGACAGACUAAAAAAAUGGUACACAGCACACAUUGAGAAGAUCGAUUACGAGGAGGGAAAGGUGCUGAUCCACUUCAAGCGCUGGAACCAUCGUUACGACGAGUGGUUCAACUGGGACAGUGUUUACCUGAGGCCCCUGGAGAGGCCUCUGCUACGUCGCGAGGGGGUGAAGCUGGACGAAGUGACCGUGGAGUUCCGCGUGGGGGAGCAGGUGUUGGCCUGCUGGUCAGACUGUCGCUUCUACCCGGCCAGAGUCGCCUCUGUCAACAAGGAUGCGACCUACACGGUGGAGUUCUACGACGGAGUCGUUCAAACCGUGAAGAAAAUCCACGUCAAACAGGUUCCCAAAUACUCAAGAGAUCAGGGAUCGGCCUGGAGACGGAAUAAGGAGAACGGGACGGGGAGCGGGAAGAGGAAAGAGAAGAGCAGAGACCGGGCGCCUCCGUGCCUGAGUCCCGACCGGAGCAGGGAGCAGAGGAAGGAAGAGGAGACGGUGGCGGGAGGGGGGGAAGAGGAGGAGACGGGGAAGGGUUCUCCCCCGGCCCAGGCCAGCAGCGAAUCACAACAGAGCUCAGAGCAAAGCUCCCCGCUGUCCAGCGAUGGCAGCAAAACCGAAGAGAAGAGGAAGCGAGGGAGACCCCCAUCUGUGGGGCUCGCGGGUCAGAAGCUGGCGGGGAACCCAGGGCAGGAGCAGACCCGGCGACGCUCUCUCCGCCUUGCGUCUGGUGACAGCAACUCGUCUGCUGGAGCGCAGAGUGACGGAGCCUCGGGCCGCACACAGGACCGGGAGAGGCGGAGGAAGGUGAUGUGCUCUUCAACAAACCUGGCGCAAGACAGACACAGACAGACACGCACACAGACAGAUGGACACACAGACAUUACAGCAGUGACUGCGGACCCUCAGCCGGCCCGGGCAGAGCAGCCCGGCUCCAAUCACCCCCAGCCCCCCGUGCCCAACGUGACCCCCAGCGAGACCUCCAAACCCCAGAUUGCGGGCAGCCCCAGGCCACGGACCGAGGACGAAACAGCAACCGCCAACUCCUCCAAGCCCAGCUCAGACCCCAAGCCGCCUACCAGAGAACCAGCUCCUGUUGUGAAGCGUGUGCCUCGAUCCCAGAACCCAAACAGAUACAGUAGGGAACCCUUGACCAAUUCCGUCAAGACCCCUGAAGACCACCUGCCCCCCAAAGCCCUGAUCAUCGAGCUGGACCACAACAAGUUCAAGUGCAAGAUUCCAGAAUGUUCCAAGGCUUUCCGCAAAGCCAAGAUGCUGCACUACCACAUGAAGUACUACCACGGGAUGGAGAAGGUGGAGACGGAGCCCACCUCUCCCAAGAGGAGCAUGCUGACACGGGGGGCUUGCAGCUCAGAGCACGACUCCCCCCUCGACAGCCCCAAGCGACCACGCACCACCUCGGUCUCUCUGCAUGGGAAUCAGACGGUGAGUCACCUGAGCUCGGACGGGAACGCUGGAAAACUCAACGAGAAGAGACGGACAUCGGCGCCUUCCUCGGUGGGCAUGUCGGGCUCCCAGCGGCCGUCUCUCCGAGAGAAGAGCAAAGACAACCAGAUGGACAGAUCCCAUCGGAGGCAGCAGGACAGGGAGAGGAGCUACUCCGAGACCGGAAUAAAAGAGCGGAACAAGGAGAGAAAGUUCAAGGAUUUCCUGAAAGUCAAACUCAAGAAAAAGAAGAAAAAGAAAAAGAAAUCAAAGUCGGAAUUCUCUGGAAGCGAGGAGAAUAUCGAUGUCUCCAGGGACGUCUUCCCAGCCAGAAGAGCCACCUUCCCCUCUACUCGCUCUGCCUCGUCCUCCUCCUCUUACAAGUUACCCUUCUCGCACAAGUACACCUGCCUGCGCAGCUCUGACUCAGGAUUCUACAGGGAAGGGCUGAAGGUGGACGAUGAGGACCCCUCGAGCGACUCAUCUACGGACAGCCUGAUGUGGAGUGAGGACGAGUACAGCCAGGACGUGGAUGUGACCACAAACCCUGACGAGACGGGCGACGGGGACGAGAGCCAGCUUGAGAUUGUGCGCUGCGUCUGCGAGGUGGAGGAGGAGAACGAGUUCAUGAUUCAGUGUGAGGAGUGUCUGUGCUGGCAGCACGGUGUGUGUAUGGGGUUACUGGAGGACAGCGUACCUGACAUAUACACCUGUUACAUCUGCCGUGACCCCCCAGGCCAACGCCUGAGCUCCAGGUAUUGUUACGACAAGGAAUGGCUGAACAGCGGCCAGAUGCACGGGCUGAGCUUCCUGAAGGAGAAUUACUCUCAGCAAAACAGCGGGAAGAUCGUGUCCACACAUCAGCUGCUCGGGGACAUCCACAGGGUCAUCGAGCUACUACACGGGCUGCAACUCAAGAUGUACAUCCUGCAGAACAAGGACCAGCCGGACCUGAGGCUGUGGUGUAAGCCCUGGCGAGUGUCGGCCGUCGCCAUGGAGAAGCUGCGGGAUAGACCGAGCGAGGACGGCAGCAACAACAGCAGCAGCAGCAGUGUGGCCUUGUGCCCGUCUGGUGGCCCAAACCCACCGGCGAGGAGCACCAAUGGCACCGCGGACAGGCCUGGCAGGGUCCGUCCACCCACCGAGGAGUCCUACAUCACCAGCGAGCACUGCUACCAGAAGCCUCGGGCCUAUUACCCGGCAGCUGAGCAGCGGCUGGUGGUGGAGACCAGGAACUCGGCCUUGGAUGAGAGGAUCGGGCGGCUCAGGGAGAACGGGGACGAGGCCUUGGCUGAGAGGUUCGGCCGGAACAUCGACGAGGACUCGGGCCGGAUAGAGCAGAGCUGUUACCGUGAGCAGGCGGCCCGCUGCAAGGCUCGUAGCUGCAGUACUGACUCAGCUCCCGACAUGCCACGGGAGAGGGAAAGCUGCCGGCAGAAGGAGGAGGGGGAGGGGAGCACCAACGACCCCCAGCUCCAAUGGCAAGUCAACCUCCUGACACACAUUGCCUCCAUGCAGGACGAGGUCUCCCAGCGCAUGGACUUCAUCGAGCGAGAGUUAGAUGUGUUGGAGAGUUGGCUCGAUUACUCCGGGGAACUGGAGCCUCCGGAUCCGUUGGCCCGUUUGCCUCAACUCAAGCAUCGGAUGAAACAGCUGCUGGCGGACCUGGGAAAAGUGCAGCAGAUCGCAUCCUGCUGUGCCGUGUGAGCUGAGCUGAGCUUCUCUCGUAGACUCUGUAGAGAACGCUGGGGGCUGUGUUCCCCCCCCGGCCUGGGCACCCCCCACUCCUCCACCUGGCGAGAGGGAGGGGUGCGAUGGCGACGCUUGGCCUUAGCGGACUGUGGGCUGUGGCCUGGACUUCGUUCAUAUCUUACUCCACUUUCUCAUGUCGCAAUUCUCAUGUGUGGUCGGGUACUGUUCUCUCGCUUUACACCCAAAAAUAGCAGGUGUAACCCUCACCCCCCAACCUCUCUCUUUCCACCUCUUCCACUUGGUAUUGCACCCUGUGACUUACAGUGUGUGUGUGGGGGAGCGGGGGGGAGGCGCGGAGGGGGAGGAUGGGCUGAGCGCAUAGGAGACGAGAGAGAUUAUCCGAUUAUCCGAUACUAUGCACUCGUCAAAGAUUCCCUGCGCCCAACAAGGUGGGAGAAGGGGGAGGUUGGUACAAAGAAAAAGAGAAGGCGGAGGGGAAAUGUCUCAUUGUUUUCCAAAAAAAUCUAAAUAUAUAUGUGUAUAUAUAUAGAUAUAUGACAGCGGUGGCUAAUUACCUAUUUGGUUGGCCAACAGAAUAAAUGUUUCUCGAUUGAAUAUUUCUUGAAUCCAUGGCAUAAAUUCUGUGCUAUUUUGUUAUUACUACGAUUGUUUUGUUGGCUGACCAAAACGGUUGGUCACCACCGAUGGAUGAGAUGAGAAGGAGUGAAGAGAGGAGGUUGUGUGUGUGUGUGUGUGUGUACGUGUGUGUACAGAACGGUUUCAACGUUUACAUUGAUUAUGCACUAAAAUAGAAGCGUGUGUUUUGACAAACGCACGCGCCCCUGUGUAUAUAUAGAGCGGAUUAUCUAUGUGUGGUAGCAAUUAUUUGUCCGCAGUUGCUGACUCCGAUCGAUUUCUUAAGUGUUUGAAUAAUAAAGGAGAAUGUUAUUGUUCUUUA